CCAACUUCAUCUCCAGCUUCUUCUUUCUUUCAUUCCCGGGGGAAGAAGUUCCAUUGAGGAGAGAAAAGAAAAAAGAAACCCAGGACAACCAAUAUAAUAACAAUGGAAGCACUUAACGCAACAGCAACUGCAGCAACUGUCGCCAAUGACAACGUACCUUAUCAGCUCAAUUACGUUGAAACCUUGUGGGAAGGCAUGUACGAAGGCCGCAAUCCCCUGAUCGUCACUGGUAUCUUUGCGUUCCUGUUGCACGAGAUUGUCUACUUUGGACGUUUCAUCCCGUUCCUCAUUUGCGACUUUAUUCCUUAUUUCCAAAAAUACAAACUGCAGCCUAACAAGUCAAACACGAACGACGAUUACUGGAAAUGUACCAUGAAGGUGUUAAAGUCUCAUUUCUUGUUUGAGGGUCCACUCAUCUUUUUCUUCCAUCCCAUGGCCACGUUCCUCGGUAUGCGCGUAUCUGCGCCAUUCCCUGCAUGGCAACAAAUGGUUGUUGAGAUUGCCCUCUUUUUCAUCUUUGAAGACUUUUAUCACUACCAUAUGCAUCGUUUCAUGCACUGGCCUCCGUUCUAUAAAAAGGUCCACAAGAUCCACCACGAUUACUCUGCUCCCUUUGGGAUCGCUGCUGAAUAUGCCCAUCCCAUCGAAACAAUGAUCCUCGGCUUCGGCACUGUGGGCGGUCCCUUGAUCUACCACGCUGUCGUCACGCUUGCGUUGAACUUGGAACCCAAGUGGGAUCUUCACUUGGCUACCAUGCUCGUGUGGAUCAUCUGUCGCUUGUUCCAGGCCAUCGAUGCCCACUCUGGCUACGACUUCCCCUGGAGCUUGCACAACUGGGUACCUUUUUGGGCUGGUGCCGAACACCACGACUAUCACCACCAGAUGUUUGUCGGUAAUUAUGCCUCGUCGUUCCGUUGGUGGGAUCAUCUCUUUGGCACCAACGUCAAGUACGUUGCGUACCGCAAGCGUCAAAAGGAUGAGCGUCUCAAGAAGUCCAAGGCUCAAUAAAACGGCAGCCUUUAUUCUUUCUUUCUUUCUUUUGCUUCCCAUGUUUAUUAUAAAAAAAACCCUGUUCACUUUUAAUGUUUUUUCUUUUGUUUUAUGUAUUCCCUUUUCCUCUCUCUCUCUCUCUGUCUCCCGUCCAUCCAUCCCGUCCACCCAUCUAUCCACUUGAUCAG